CUCGCACACAUCAGCAUACUCCCACACAUCUACUUGAGUGUAAACACUUACCCAGGGACCGGGAAGCAGCGCAAGAAAUCAGCUGUGGACAAAGACAAGUUGUGCACGUCUGGCUGGAGAGUGCACAUGUGGGUGCGUUAGCCCCCCCCCUUCCCCAGACGAGCGCAGGCGGCUGAGGAUGCAUCUGGGAGCAUGAGUUCUGACCGAGAGGAGUAUGACAUGGUCUGUCAGAGAGCCGUGACCCUAAUCGUUGACAUUUGCCUGCACAACAGCACCCUGUUGGACCAGGACACCUGUCAGGAAUUCCUGAUUGUGUUGACCAGCCAGGACUCCGGACACAAACAGUUAGACGCUACUUUUGGCCUGUUGCUUGGCGUGUUCCUUGUUUGUGGCCUGGCCCUGUUGGGUCUCCUCAUCUUCGUCUCCUGGAAGCUGUGCUGGCUACCUCGGCAGACAAAGGCUCAGCUACCCGCUCCGUCUCUCAGCCCGGCCUGUGGCCCGCACCGCUCCUCGAUCCAGCCGCCACCGUCGCCUCCUCCUCCUCUGCUGCCCGGUCCCCAGCAACCAGUGGUCACCAUGGCGACGGAGAAGGUGAAGGACCCCAUGGGUUCGAUGGGCUUCCUGGAGGCAGCUGUGAAGAUAAGCCAUACUUCACCCGACAUCCCCACCGACGUGCAGCUCUCCAUGAGGGAGCACUUCCUGCGCCGCACGCAGCGCAUGCAGAGGCAAACCACUGAGCCGGCCUCCUCCACACGACACAGCUCUUUCAAGAGGCACCUGCCCCGGCAGAUGCAGGUGGGCAGCCUGGACCUCGGAAAUGACUACAUGGUGGACAAGGAUGAAAAACAGACCAGCAUCGGCCGCAUCCAGCCAGAGCUCUACCAACAGAAGGCCUUGGAGUCUGAGGAGUCGUCCAAAAACGGCAGCAGCAAAAACUGCGGCCGGAUAAACUUCUCCCUAAAGUACGACUACGAAAGUGAGGCCCUCAUCGUCAACAUCCUCAGGGCAGUGGACCUGCCUGCCAAGGACUUGUGUGGCACCUCUGACCCUUACGUCAAAGUCUACCUGCUGCCGGAUCGCAAGAAGUUCCAGACCCGCGUCCACAGGAAGACGCUCAACCCGACGUUCAGCGAGAGCUUCCAGUUUCCUGUGCCUUACGAGGAGCUGGCUGUCCGGAAGCUGCACAUGAGCGUCUUUGACUUUGACAGAUUUUCCCGGCAUGAUAUGAUCGGCGAGGUGGUGCUGGAGAAUCUGUUCGAGACAUCAGAUCUGUCUCGGGAGACAAACAUAUGGAGGGACAUCCAGUAUGCAACCAGCGAGAGCGUCGACCUCGGGGAGAUCAUGUUCUCGCUCUGCUACCUGCCCACCGCCGGCAGACUCACACUGACCGUCAUCAAGUGCAGGAACCUGAAGGCCAUGGACAUCACCGGAUAUUCAGACCCCUACGUCAAAGUUUCGCUGAUUUGUGACGGGAGGCGUUUGAAAAAGAAGAAGACGAGCAUUAAGAAGAACACCCUGAACCCCACCUACAACGAGGCCAUCAUCUUCGACAUCCCCCCGGACAGCAUGGACCACGUCAGCCUGCACAUCUCUGUCAUGGACUAUGAUUUGGUAGGUCACAAUGAGAUCAUUGGCGUGAUGCGGGUCGGAUGCCAUGCUGAGGGACUCGGCAGGGACCACUGGAACGAAAUGCUGGCGUAUCCGCGGAAACCUAUUGCCCACUGGCACCCCCUGCUGGAGUCCAAGAAGUCAGAGAAGGAGUGGAAGGCGAGAACGGCCAGCUUCGACAGCCAGGGCUCCUGCCCCUCACCUCGGCCCCCCGCUAGUCCCUGAGCUGAGCCACCUGUGAUCCAGCAGCCUGGUGGGGAGCCGCGCCCCCCCACAACACACACACACACCUCCUGCUGAUCCACAUCCUGUCUGUGUGAUUGAGGAGAAACAUAACCCCUCUCUUUCCCCCUCCGUCUCUCUCUAUGCCUAACUUCCUCUGAAAUCUGGUCCCAGAGCACCCCCAAGAACUGGUCCAGGACGCUUCGUUUGUUCUUUAAAAGCAGGGCAGUCCAUGUGAAAUAUGGACGUCGGGACGGUCCAAGUAUGCAGACAUUUUUUCUUUUUUUUUAAAUGAAUUUUUCAGGUUGAGAUAAAAGGAUCCUUAUGUCAAAACAGGAGGUUCAGCUUUGAACUGUUGGUUCCCUUUGAUUUAAAAAAAAAAAAAAAAGUUGGAUCUCUGUCCAAAAGGCAGCAGAAGUUGAACCGACGACAGCUGAGGAAUCCGGCCAGAAGGAAAAAAAGGAAAUGCCCUAAAAAGCCAGAUCUUUAAGACAACCGUUUGUUCCACUUGGUAUUUUUUUAUUUCUUGCAGUGACAUUGAGUCAAAGCAGCUUUCAAAUGUUAGGUAAGAUAAAAUGAGGUCACUUCAUUUACUUCAAAUGUUCAUAAAAGUGAUCCGUUCAUUUACUAAGGAGAAGUCAACACAUUUUAAAUGUUUUCUCUACUCUCCAGUUUGUAUUUGUAGCAUAUGAAUUAGCAUCAAUGGAGAAACACGGUGGGAUUUUCAGUAAAGGAAAGUCUGAGUUAUGUAGGUGUAAACAAGAAAAAUACAAAUAUAAAAGAACUUAAAGAAAAGAUUUUAUAGGACACACAUCCUUACCUCUCUUCCUGUUUGAGAUCGUUUGACUCUUAUCCCUGUGUUCCAAAAUUACACAAAUGAGCCAAACUUUUAUUUUGAAAUACAGUCUUCAAGAGCAUAUUUGUCUCCUUUUUAUUGUUAACUUAUUAAUUUAAAAUUUCCGGGGUGAAUGUGAAUAGCUUUAUGUACAGGCCUCUUCUGUAUAUUUUUUCUUAAAGUAAAAAAAAAAAAAAUUCUAAACUAAAUAGAUGAAGAUAUUUUGAAUUUAUGUAGCCUUGUCGGUGGUUCUGAUGAAGAUAAAUGUACACGAAGAUGGUGAAUAUGUCCCUGUUUUUACAGAUGCAACUUAUUUGGUGUUUAUUCUCUCUAUAUCUAUAUAUGAUUGGCUUUGUGUGUACAUGUGAUGUGUCAUAGAAAUUUCACUCAGUGUAUUUGAACCACAAGGUGUGGUGAACAUUUUUGUUUAUUUUGUGGAUCCUAAAAAAUCAGGUUAAAGGCAGUUAGAAGAUGCACAAACCGAAGUCUUUUUGUCCUAUGAUCGAUCAUUUGUUCAGGUUAAGAGAAGCAAUGCAGUAAAUAACAGGUUUCCUAUUGAAAAAAAUGUUUCCUUCAGGUUGUCAGGAAAUUAAACCAACACAUACAAGCUACAAAGAAACAACUCUUUGUGAAAUUAAAAUGCACAAACUCAGAGCUAACCUAUGUGAAGUUUUCAGAAGAGAAGAUUGUCUUGUGAAUGGUCUUAGCCAACCGUAUAAUAUAGUUUCAUUCCUGAAGCAAGUAGCUAACAGUAUUAUACGGUAAAAGUUUGAAAAAUACUGUACGAUGAUUAUAGUUGACAAUUCAAAAUGUCCAUGUUGCCAUAUUUUAUCUUUACAUAAUGCCCUGUUUAUACUUCAUUGCACCGUGUCAAUCGCAAUCGCGCCAAUCGGCCAUCGCGUCGAUCAGCCAUCGCGUCAAUCGGCCAUCGCGCCAAUCGGCCAUUGCGUCGAUCAGCCAUCGUGUCAAUCGGCCAUCGCGCCAAUCGGCCAUUGCGUCGAUCAGCCAUCGCGUCAAUCGGCCAUUGCAUUGAUUGGCCAUCGCAUUGAUUGGCCAUCGUGUCAAUCGGCCAUCGCAUCAAUUACCAUCGCGUCAAUCGGCCAUCGGGUCAACUACCAUCGCUUCAAUCGGCCAUCGCGUCAAUUAUCAUCGCAUUGAUUGGCCAUCGUGUCAAUUGGCCAUCGGUCAAUCGCCAUCGCAUCAAUCAACCAUCGCGUCAAUCGCCAUCGCGUCAAUCACCAUCGUGUCGAUCGGCCAUCGCGUCAAUCGGCUAUCACUCAAUCGGCCAUCGCGUCAAUUACCAUCGUGUCAAUCGGCCAUCGCGUCAAUCGGCUAUCACUCACUCGGCCAUCGUGUCAAUAGACCAUGGUGUCAAUCAACCAUUGCGUCACUCGCCCAUCAUGUCAAUCGGUUAUUGUGUUCAUUCCCCCAUCCUGUCAAUGGGCCAUCACGUCAAUUAUCCAUCACAUCACUCGGCCAUCGUGUCAAUCGUCAAACGGCCAUCGCGUCAAUCCUUUCUACCGCAAUUGCACAGUCUCUUUUAUACUAUAGUUGGCCAGUUUUGUUUGUGAUUGUCUUUGAUAACCGGGCCAAACUUCUGGGUGACUUUAAUUCCUUGUCAAGCCUGAUACAACUGUCUCCACCAGUGGCAUUUUCACCAUGGAGGACAUUUUGCUCAUAAACCUACUGCUUUAGUGAACACAAAUACAUGAUAAGACGAAGUGGUAUGUCCGUCUGCUAAACAGAAGCAGGCAAUGCAGAGACAAAUUCCCUUCUCUAGUGCACAAUAUGCAGGUUUUACAAGAUGACCAAGUGCACUUCAGGUACUUUUGCAUGUCAACUGACAGGUUUGAUAAUCUUCUCAAAAGAGAAAGGCCACUUCUUAACCUUACUGGGACAGACUGAAUGACUUUUGCUGACCUUCUGAAUACUCGCAAAUGGGAAUUCACAGCAGACUGUUACCGACAGUUAUCGUCUCCGAAAGACUACAGUGAACAAAGCAUUCCAUGGAUGACGGAUCAGUUCAGGAAACUUUAAAAAAUGAUUUAUUUUCAGUUUAAUCCAAAAUUGGUUAGAUACCGCUAAAAGAUGCUACAUGACGCUAUCAUCUAAUUAGCAUACCAUUUUCUCAGAGCCCUUCAGGGAAAAACAAUAGUGACAGUAGUGACAAAAAAGUGCAGAAAACUUCUUAACUAUAUUUAGAACAAUAUAUAAUCUUUUUCAUUUGUUGGACCAUUAAAACUGGCCAUCAUUUCUCACUUCUAAAAUAAUGAAUUAAUGCGUUAGCCUAUUUUGGUCGAGAACCCAGUGUCAUAUCCUAAUUACAUCAGGACUAGCAGCCUCGCCUCCAUCCAUUUUGAGUCAAUUUAUCACACAUUCUUGUACACUGUCAGAUCUACUGGACCAAAUCUAUUCCGAGUACUCAGAGGGAAAAUUUAUGUAAGACCAGGCUAUUACUCUCAUUCAUAUGUGAUGUGUGAAGACGAGAACAUGAACAUUAUUUUAAAGUCCCACACUGCAAAUCUGGGUGAGAUUUCCUGCAACAUAGUGCGUGCAUUAUUUAUUUGCACUUUUAAUGUGGCAGGGUGUAGAUUUCCCUUUGCCGUACUGCAGUUGCAGGGACGUUUACUGACACACUGACCGCUGUAGACUGCUGUGGGGUGGACAGACAGAAAGAGGAGAAGAAUUCAACACUCAAAGUUGUCUCCAAACACCAGAAAAGUCCCCAGUGACAGUAAGAAUAGUUGCCAGAUUCGUUUCUGGUCGCUUUGAGAGGAUAAUUUACCAAAGGGUUCAUUAGAGAAAAGUUGCUGAGUUGGCAACACUGACAAGAUUAUCAUUAAAAUUUAGCAAGAACUUAAAAAAAAUGAAACCUUUAAUCGUUAAUUUUCAUGCUGAAAUUUACUGAAAACAAUCUGUUUUUCUUGAUCUAUAUUUACACAGGAUUUCUUUUUCCUCGUGUCAUUGAGCAAGUUAGUUUUAGAUACUCUCUUACAGAAGCCUCCAUAGUAGACUUGAAUAUAAAAUUUGUUGUCUGUUUUUUGGAAGGUGCCAAUCCUGAUCCAUCACUGUGCGAUUGAGAUUAGCACAUUCAAACUUUUUGAGCGAGUACAAAAACAAGUUCUUGAAUGCGCGUUUAGCCCACGGUUUUCACACUAGACAAGCAUGGAGGGGCUUCUUCUUCUUCUUCUGUUUCUACUGUCUACUAGCCCAUGUCUGCCACCUACAUUUGGAAGAGGCUUGUGACAACAAAAUGUGGAAACUGUGCAAAUAUUGUUAUUUGGGCUGGAGACUGUUCGGUUCAUUGCCAGCAUUCCUACAAUAAUGGAUAUGGAUUACCAUCGUGUCAGGAAAGAGGUCUUGGAUUAUCUUUAAUUGAAAAACAAACAUAUAUGUCUUCAGGCUUGUCACCAUGUCUGGGGUCACCAGAUAAACCAAAUCCAUACGUCCCUAUCAAAUCCAAGUCCAUGAUUGGUCAAAGUUCGACCUGGUUUAACUUUUAACACGCAUUCAUUGGCCAUGUGCUUUUGUAUACCCAGCCCCUAAACGGUCUUAAAACUAGCGUAGCAAGGAUAUGCAAGAGUUUGAACACAAAAACCCGAAACAUGUUUACCCGUGUUUACAUUGACUUUUCACUCGAAGAGGCUGCUUAAACGCACAAUGACGAAAGUGGAGUGAACGUACAGUAGCUUCAUAAAAGUUCACGUCCAAGGACUACUAGUCUGAACCCUGCUUAGCUUUCUAUAUCAAGCAGAGUGGCUCCGCUAAUGAGCAACCGUACAAGAAACUAGGUUACCAAUUUGUUAAAGCUCACAGUCCCACAGAUGUAGGAUAAAUGUGCAAAAACAUCUUUAGUAGGUUUGCUUUCACAGUGCACCCUCAGGAUUGGACUAAACUUGAUCAAAUGUCAGAGAUUUGGGCGGCACAACAGCCGCUAAAGAAAGGCAAAGGAGAAAAAGACAACAAAAUGAGUCUUGGCAGUUCUCUUACUGGCUUGAAUUGAUAAGUACCUUCUUCUAUUCACUAAACCACAUCAACCAACUACAUGUUUGCGUUUUUUUUCUUUGUGUGUUUGUUUGUUUGUUGGGCCAGACCAAAGUUUAAAGGAGUUCUAUUAGUCUUACAAAAGAGAAUAUCUGAGAAAACAAACAAAACAGGCCAGUGUAAGAAGCAAGUUAUGCUGAGAGUAAAAUCUUGUCAAAUAUCCCUUGAAGUAAAUCCCUCUCGUCUUUUAAAGUUAGAUAUUAUUCUGUAAUUGUAAAUUUUACUGUAUCUGUUCCUGCAAUAGUGACGUUCAUGUGCCAACAGUGGUACACUACAUUCACAGCUUUCACACUCAUGGUUUUGUUAACUAGUUCUCAGAGUAGGUGACACAAAGCAUCAUGGUUUCUUCAGUCAUUUGUUUUUGCAUGUACUUUAUUAAUACCCAGUUGAAAUGCAGAGAGUAGACUAUGGCUGUAGUACUAUCCAACUCACUUUGUUUUAUUUGACAGAAAAAGGCUGAGACACAUAGAAAAGCACUACAAUACUGUGUGUUUGUUUUAGCAACAAAUAAUUUCUGAUCUUCCCAAAUCCGGCUGAUAUGAAUAUUAUUUAGCUUUAAAUUAUAACGUUAAGAUGAAUAAAUACAAAAAAUGUGCAAAAACAUUGAAAACCACACAAGAUGUGAAGCAGGAGUCCUGCCACUUCAGGUAAUAUUUGGUCUCUGCAGGUGAAGUUGUCGGAAUAAGUUUGAGCCAAACAUGAGGUCAUAAGCAAAUGGAUUCAGCACCUGCAGAGAUGUCUGUUUUCGCCGUUUCCUUCAUGGAUUCGGAUAUGGAAAACCAUUUGAGCUGAUGUGGUUGUGUGGGUUAGAGGCAGACAGAGUGGGGGAAGCUCACCGGUUGGCGUCCACACAACAAUGGCAUUGGGACUACUGAAAGGACGGUGUGUUAUUCAUACGUCUCAAGAUCUCUCAUGGUAUUGACGCUCCAAUAUGACAAAGACUUCUUUUUUUCAACAUUAACUGGAAGUGGUGGUUGAAAAAUCUUGUUUCUUGUCCUUCCCCAUAACGUUGUAUUUUUCCGAUGGUCCUACUUUUCUGACGGUGUGAUGUGUUUCGAUAGUAGACGGAACCCGUUUGAUCGAUCGUCUCCAUUUAUGGACUAUUUCAAAAAACCUUGUAGCUUUGUCUAAAAUGUUCAUGUUUGUUGAUAUAAGACUUGUAUUCUUCCCGCUGUUACAAUAGCACUGACUUUCCAAUUUUUUUAUUCAAUAUUUUGUAUUUGUAACAACAGAACUAUGGGAGAAAAGCAGGUUCAGACAACUGUUUAUUAAACUGUAGGUUUUCUAUCAUUAUCCAGACUGUUUGAUUGGAGUAAUUUGCUGUGUUUCAAAGGUCACUUCAAUUGAAAACUGUACUUCAAACGUCCUUUGUUUCUCCAAGUUUUUGUAGUGACAUGAAAAAAAGAAAUGCCUGUUUUUUUCCUGCCAUAGAACUUGUUCUGUAAUAAAGUUUUCUUUUCCUUUAUUAAACAACUUAUGCAAAAAUG